AUGUGCCUGUUUGUGCCAUCCAUCUUCUGUUUAAUCUGUAUAGCAUGUCGCUUGCAUCACGAAGCUAUUCGCCAGCGCGUUGCCGGGUUUUUGGCCGGGGCACCAUCGCCGUCGCCUCAGGUUUCCUCCGUGAUAAUUUCUCUACCUACUUCUGGCCUUGAUGACUGCACGAUUCAGUCAUACCCAAAGGUAGUCCUUGGUGAAAGCCGACGGCUUCCGGGGCAUAACGCACUAACUUGCCCAAUAUGUCUAGUUGAGUACAGUGCUGGAGAGUCAGUGAGGCUUAUACCUUUGUGUCAACAUAGCUUCCAUGCCGAUUGUGUUGAUGAGUGGUUGAAGAUGAAGGCCACCUGCCCUGUUUGCCGAAAUUCUCCACCUCUUUUGGAAAACAUAAACUUGACCAUUUGUAGAUAG